AUGUUAACCUACCAUAGACAGCAUUUACUCCCUAUUGCACAAGACAUUCGGUGGGAGGAUACAGUAUCUUGUUCGGAAGAAAAUACUGUAGAUGGAAAACAUGCUAAAGAUAAGAGUAACCUUCAGGGCAGGGUAAAGGAAUAUGAGGAUAGUUAUGAUGAAAUUAAUACUGGGUAUUACUAUUGGGAUAGUGAGCCUUGGGGAGCUGAGGCCACUGUCCCAGAUUCAUCCAACGGAGGGCAAUCUGAAAUACCCAACUCAUACAAUGUGGUGGAACCUGAGAAUGAUGAAAGCAAUGGCGUUGAGGGAAGUGACCCAAAUUGUGAAAUGACAGUCAUUCCUGAUUCAAUCCAUAGGGGUGAUAAUGGAGAUGGAGAUAUUGCUGAACGACAAGAUAUAUCACCUAGGCCUCAAAGAGUUAGGAGGGCCCCUAAAAUACUCAACUAUGAACAGCUAGGAACCACCACUGAAAUUCCGUUGCUGAGAAACUUCGUAAAUAAAAUAAAAUAUAUUGGUCCAUAUAAUGAAACAAUACUUUUUAAUGAAAAAGGAGAAUAUCCUGAAACACUGAACAUUGAGAACUGGGACUAUAACCCAGAAGUCCAUGGAAGUCAUCAGUGGUGGACAACUGUUGGUACAUUUGACCCACACAAUGUAGAAGAUCAGCAGCUGCUAAUUUUACCAUGGAGAAUAGCGUGGAAACAUGGAAAGGUUCCAUGCGGUGUGUGCUCUGCAGCCUGUAUUCCGGGUACCAGACGGGCGCUGAGAAAAGGUUCCCACACCUGCUGCUAUGACUGCGUCCCGUGCUCAGAGGGGGAGAUCUCCAAUGUGUCUGACAGUGAAAACUGCCAGAAGUGCUCUGAUGAUGAAUGGCCUAAUGAGGAAAAAGAUGAGUGUAUUCCCAGAAUAUUAGAAUUUCUAUCAUACAAGACAGACAUGAUAGCGAUAGUUUUUUCCUCAAUAUCUGUCCUAUAUUUUAUCUUAACCAUCUUUAUAAUUGGAAUAUUUGUUUCAUUCCGGGACACUCCAAUAGUAAAAGCCAAUAAUAGAAACCUUAGCUUCAUUCUUCUCAUCUCCCUCAAGCUGAGCCUACUCUGUGUGUAUCUGUUCAUCGGCCGUCCAGUGGACAUCACCUGCUUGCUACGCCAAAUAUCCUUUGGAAUACUAUUCACCAUUGCCGUGUCUUCUGUCCUGGCCAAGACUGUAAUGGUUUGCUUUGCUUUCAAAGCCACUAAACCUGGAAGCUCCUGGAGAAAAUGUCUUGGUGUUAAAUUGCCAAAUUCUAUAGUGUUCAUCUGCUCAUCUGUCCAAGUUCUCAACAGUGGUAUUUGGUUGUCAGUUUCUCCUCCCUUUCAAGAGUAUGACAGGAAUACUUAUACUGGGAUGAUUAUCAUUCAAUGUAAUGAGGGCUCUGCACUUGCCUUUUAUUUCAUGUUGGGAUACAUGGGGUUCCUGGCAGCUCUGAGCUUUGGUCUGGCUUUCAUGGUGAGGACAUUACCUGACAUCUUUAAUGAAGCCAAAUACAUCACCUUCAGCAUGCUGGUGUUCUGCAGUGUUUGGGUCUGUGCUAUACCAGCCUACCUGAGCAGUAAGGGGAAAAACAUGGUCACUGUAGAGAUAUUUGCCAUAUUGGCUUCAUGUAUUGGAGUAAUGAGCUGUAUAUUUUUCCCUAAAUGCUACAAUAUUCUACUGAGACCUGAAAUGAACAGUAAAAAAUACCUCCUAGGAAAAGGUUAA